AUGGACAGCAAGGUUCCUGGUUAUCGAGCCAAGGAACGAAUCAAGAUGAACAAUGAGGUGAAUGGAUUUGGGAUCGGAUUGAAUUCUGAUACCCUUUUGGUUAUUAAGCUCCCGGAUUUCAGGGCUCUGCGUAUUAUGUCAAGAUCAUUGUUCUUGGCAAUGGUUCUUGUCGCAUUGCUUUCCCUUGGCUGUAUAAGAAGGGAUUCUUCGAAUGGAUUUUAUGAUACUGAUGCCGAUUUGGAUGUCAAUUGUUUCAAGAUCUUGCCUAUUCUUUUCCAUGAUUUGGUUGACGAAGGCCUUAUCAAGAAAGGCAACAGAGGGCUCAUUUUAGGCACCUGCAUUGGUGAUAUUGAAGAUGAUUUUGGAUUUAUGGAUGGAAAUAGUAUUGAUUUUUCCAUUGAAUCUGAUCUAAACCAGAAGAAACUGAGCCAAAAUGACGUGUUUGAUUUCGUUUUGGCUUUGAGUUUCCGUGAAAUUAAACAGAUUCAUGGUGUUCUGAAGAAUGGUGGCAUUUUGAUUGCGCCAUUAAGCAAUGAUUCUCCUAAUGUGCUUCAAGAACAAAGAAAUUAUAGGAUAGUGUAUCUUCGACGAUUUGAGAACGAGAAUAGUCUAUAUGAGCAAAUUCCCGACAUUGAGAACACCGUGGUGGCAUUGAGGAAAAUUGGGACAUCAAAUGGCUUGAUGAAUUCCCCAACAAAGGAUGUAUCAUGUGGUCCUGCAUUAGAGGUCAAGAAAUUGGCGUUGAAGGGCUUAGAGGACGUGUAUCUAGAGCCACCAAGACGAGCAUUUGCAAAAUCUAGUUUCGGAUCAAGGAAGCUGAAAUUCCUGCCUGAUUUGUUGAGCGACUCUCUUGAGAAUUAUCCUCGACGGAUUUUCAUCUCAGACGACACAAGUUCACUCGACUGGUUUUACAAGAAUUAUCCAAUGAGGGAUCAACGAUUUGAGAUAUACAACAUGGAGAUUGAGAUUCAGGAGGAAUCAAUGAGUGGAAUUGUGCCUCAAGAUAUGGGGAUAUCGGAAUGGCUAAUGCAAAAUAUGAAGCGCGAGGACUAUGUAGUGAUGAAGGCAGAAGCACAAGUAGUGGAGGAAAUGAUGAAAGACAAGGCUAUAUGUCUUGUGGAUGAGUUGUUUUUAGAGUGUAAGAAUCAAUGGCAAGAUGAAGGAGGUGAAGAAGAGAAUGGCAUUAAGACAGCAUAUUGGCAAUGUUUAGCAUUGUAUGGAAAAUUGAGAGAUGAGGGUAUUGCUGUACACCAAUGGUGGAGUUGA